AUGAGUACAGUAAAGCCAGUUAUAUCUGUAGAAAUAGAUGUAAUAGAUUGUGGAAUCGAUCAUGACAUAGAAGUAGCCACUGGAGAUGUUGAUAUUACUAGAUAUCCUUGGUUGGGAAUUUUAUAUUACAGCUAUUAUGGUGAAACUGACGAUGCACGAGCGGUGACGACAGUGGCUUUGAUUCAAGCUGAAUUUGUGAUAGCUCCUGCGGCGGAUAUUGGGCCAAUGCCUAAACAUGAUUUCAGAUCAAACGCUCGCGUACUUUUGGGUGAAAAUUGGAAUCGAAUCGGUCGCAAAGUGAGAAACUAUGUGAUACAUGAAGAGUAUGAAAACACGUAUAAUACCAUCGCUUUGGUGCAGCUAAGGACUCCAGUCAGAAACAUUAAUAUAAAACCGCUCUGUCCUCCGCCUCACAUAAUAAGGAAUCCGGACUUUUAUAUCGUCAAGUUUAAAGAAGAUUAUCAAAAUUUACAAAAGAGAGUUAUUCCAGUGUCUCACGUGCCAGCUAAUUUAUGUCGCGAGUUUUACUUGAGAGCUAAUUUAUACGCAAAGAAAUUGCGUCCACCGCAUGUAUCUUGUGCGGUAUCCUUAGAAGAAGAUAAUGUUUGUGUUUGGGACGCAGGUUCGUCUCUAGUGGCCAGGGAUGUAUGGGGGAGAUGGCAGUUGUUAGGUAUAGGCGUCCGCGGGCCAGGCUGUGGAGCGCCGUCCCGGUAUUUGGAUAUUAUGAGCUAUUUCCCCUGGAUAGAAAGCACAUUGAAUAAAUUCAGACGUAUCACCAUAUCUAAGAUGUCCAAACACAAGUAUAUAUUGAGAGGAGGCAGUACAGCUUACCAACGGUUCGGAAACUGUGAUGAAGAAGAGAAAGUAAAUCUUGUGUACCGAGAGAUGAUAUCGUUGCGUACUGAUAACGAUCAAUUCCAGUUUCUUACGUAUAAUCUGUCUUUAUACGACGAUGUUGAGUUCACUUGCCUCACACUAGAACUAAUCAACGCAUCUGCUGUAUCGGAAAUGAGAGUGAAACAUCUAUGCACUAGGUACUCUAAGGGACCACCGUGUUAUGCAUAUAAAGGCUCUGUUUUCGAAAUAUCAGUCUACCUAAUGUUUUCUGACACAUGCCGUUUCGAAAUGUUCGCAUGGGGUUUCAAGAAGAAUAUGACGUUAAUAGACAUUCAGGCUUGGAAAUGGGAAGAGGGGACCUAUUAUGAAGAUUUUACUAUGCUACCAGUCGAAUAUCGAGGACCCACGCAUUUAACAGAGUUUGGUUUUGAACCGCUCGAUAUGGGAAUGUGGGUACCGGAAUAUGAAUUGUGGACGACGACCGAAUUUGAUAAUAGCACCUGGUCUAGUACGACGAAGAAGCCUAAGAUGAUAGCUGAUGACGCAACACCACCUCCUCAGAAAGCUGAAAAGAAACGGCCAAGAGAAACUACCACCACGGAGGCGGGAGUCAAAACCACGCCUACUACUAUAUCCCCAAAUAUGUCAUUUAUAUUAUUUAUGACGGGAAAACCGAAUUUUGAUAUAGCAUACACACAGAAACCUAAUUAUGCUAAGAAUUAAUAAAUUCCCUUUGUUAUACUAUAAUAUUGAUUUUGCAUGUGGAUUUUGAUAUGUGUAUAAUUAAAAAAAUAAUUAAUUUAAACUAAAAACGAUAGACUUUUGUAUGAUGAUAUUAAAAAAAUAUUGUAAUCAUUUUUAUUCUAUUGUUAUUUAUCAAUGACAUCAACACAAAACAAAUAUUUUUUUUAACAUUACAUGAACGUACAAUUAUUGUGAUGAUGGCCUUUCAUGUUGAUUUAUAUGAAUAAUGUGAUUUAAGAAAUAAAGAAGAAAAAGGAAUUUUUCAUUACUAGAAAAAUCUGUUGCAAGCUAGAGAUUUUUUAUAUUAUACUAGCUGCUCCGCGCGGUUUCACCCCCGUGGCUACACUCCUAUUGGUCGUAGCGUGAUGAUAUA